AUGGCUGAUCAAUCGUACACAUUUGACUCACCCUCCAUGACCUCGCAUUCUCCUAUGAUCAACUACAGAAAGGACGCCAAGAAGGGGGUCAAGUUCACCUUCAUGGUCGUCGGAGAACUGGGUACAGGUAAAACCACAUUUGUAAACUGCUUGUUGAACAAGAAAGUCCUUUCACAUCGUUUCGAAUCCAAUGAAAAGACCAUUGGUGACACCAAGACCUUGGCCUUUACGUCAGCCAAGUCGGUUGCGCUCCCAAACACGUCUAUAUUAACCAAGAACGACUUCAACCCUUCUACGGCAAACGAAGAGCCAGGGAUUGCCCUCACAGAAACCAAAAUUGAAAUGAUCGAUGACCUGAACCAAAAAUUACUAUUAAAUAUCAUUGACGCUCCCGGUUUUGGAGAAAACUUGAACAAUGAACUCUGUUUUGUUGAAAUCGAAAGUUACUUGAAGCAGCAAUUCGACUUGGUGCUCGCUGAGGAAACAAGGAUUAGAAGAAACCCGAGAUUUGUCGACACAAGAGUCCAUGUCCUUUUAUACUUCAUCACCCCAACAGGUCAUGGAUUGAGGGAAAUAGAUAUUUUGUGCAUGAAGAGAUUGUCCAAAUACGUUAACAUUAUACCAGUUGUCGGGAAGGCAGACUCAUUUACUGAGCAAGAGUUGAAGAACUUUAAACAUCAAAUUAAAGUUGAUAUUGAAAAGUUUAACGUCCCCACCUUUCAGUUUGAUAACUAUCUCAGUGAAUACGAUGAAGAAGAAGACUACGAAUUGAUUCAAGAGUGUAAAUAUUUAGCCAAGAUACAACCAUUCGCUGUGAUAGUCAGUGAAGAAUUGUACGAGGUAAAGGAUAACAAAACGGGAGAGCUGAAUACCAUAAGAGCAAGACAAUACCCAUGGGGUCUUAUUGACGUCAAUAACCCCAAAUAUAGUGACUUCCCUAUAUUGAAGUCUGUUUUGUUGGGCAGUCACUUGCAGGAUUUGAAGGAUUUGACUCAUGAUUUCUUGUAUGAAACAUAUAGAACUGAAAGAUUGACUAAGGUCACAGGUGGUGUUGUAGAUGAAGAUGAACUUGAGGCUGGUAACGGCAAUGGUACCAACGACUUUGACCAUCACAACAACUCAAGUUAUGCUAAUGGAAAUACCACAGUGCCAUCAUUAUCGAAUUUAGCGCAAUUGACAAAUGGUGGUGCUAAUACCAGCAGAGCUACCGCUGACCAUGCAACCAAGGACAUAGACGAAACAGCAUCUGUUACUUCGUAUGGAUCCAAGAAACAAAAGUCAAUGUUACUUGAUGAAGAUGAUGAGACUAUUAGUGAGCAAAAUGGUGCAAGCAAUGGAGGAAAUGGACACAUUCCUUCGCCGCAACUUAAUCAUGAGGACUCCUUUACAUCUAAUACUUCAAUUUCUUUGGACACAGGAACAAGAAACCCUAAUUUCAAGAGAAUGUCUAUUGGACCUCAACGUAAUCAAUUGAGACAGAUUUCCGAAACUGUUCCAUAUGUUUUAAGACAUGAAAGAAUCUUAGAAAGACAGCAGAAGUUGGAAGAAAUGGAAAUGGCCAGUGCCAAGGAAUUAGCUACCAGAGCUGCAUUGUUGGAGCAAAAGGCAGCCGAAUUGAAGGCCAAGGAAAGAGUUUUAAUGAAGCAAUUGGAAAAGGAAAGAUUGGAAAGAGCUGCCAGGCAAGAACAAGAGUCCGCUACCAAAACAUCUCAAAAGCUUAAGGAAUCUUUCGAUCUGGCAAGGGGCAAUGAAGGUGUAGAGGAAGAGGAAGAGGAAGCUCUUUCAGAAUCUAAUGGAUAUCAAAAAGGUGAAGAUAACGAGGACAACGAAGAGAAAGAUGAAGUUGAUGAGAUACCAUUAACUGGUAAGCACGACACUAGUAUAAAAAAGGAUGAAACAUUGACUGAUUUACAUUCGAUAGUUGAACAACACUAG